AUGCACCUUUGCGAUGCUCUCUUAAACUACUAUGCGGACCCUAAGCAUUUGGAAAAAGCAGAGGCCAUGACGCAGACAAUGAAGGAACUAGAGCUAGUAAAAGCGUUGUCUUACAAUUGGAAUCUAACCCUCAAUUCCAAGAUGGGAAAAAAUGAGGAUGUAGAAAUUCUGAUGCAGGAGAUGGAAGACAAGGGAAUUUGGUGCAACAAAAAUGCGUUCAAGAUCUUGGUGAAUGGUUAUGCAGGUUCUUCCAAUAUUGAGAAAAUGGAGAAACUUCUGAUGAAGAUGGAAAGAGAUUCUCGGAUCAACUGGAAAGUUCGUGUUUCUGCCGCAAAGGGUUACUUGAAAGCUAGCUUUACUGAAAAAACUUCGACAAUGUUGAAGCGAUCAGUUUGGGAGGAGUGGUUAUCAAUGAAGACAUGGCCUGACAUUCUUUUUCCAAAUGCAAUGAUUUCUGGUUAUUCAAAGAAGGGUCUUUGGGAAAAGGAUGAGGCAUUUGUAAGGAUAAUAGAGAGGAGUGGGAUGGAGCUCAAUGCAGAUUCAUUUGUUCAUUUAGCAGCUGGAUACUGUGUUGCUGGUCAGAUGGUGAAAGCAGCCGAAUCAAUAAAGAAAGCAAUUUCUAAGUACACCAGAAAGGAAGCCGAAUACCAAGGCUCUAUCUGCAUAUCUGAAAUGCCAGGGAGAAGUGGAAGCAGCAGAAGAGCUUUCCAAGCCAGUUAUGAAGCAUUGUCAUUUCGAUCCAGCUAUAUAUGA